AUCCCCUGGGCAGAACUGGACCGGCUCUCAUUGCCUUGGUUCUACCUGACUAGGUCUGCUCCUGCUCAGAAGAGCUCGUCCCUCUCUACAAAACUGGCCCCGGCCGCUCCCCUUGGCUGAGCUGGACGAGGGAUUGGCAGAACCGGACCUGGGCCCAUCCCCUUGGCUGAGCUGGAGCAGCGCUCAACCCUCUCUGCAGAGCCCCCGGGGCUCACGGCCUUGGUUCUACCGGGCCAGGUCCGAUCUUGCUCAGAAGAGCUCGGUUCUGGGCUCUUCCCCUUGGGCCGGCGGCCCAGAUCUCCUCCCUCUCUGCAAAGCUGGCCCCGGCCCGAGCCCCUGGCCUGAGCUGGACGAGGGAUUGGCAGAAUCGCACCCGGUCCCAUCCCCUUGGCUGAGCUGGACGAGGGAUUGGCAGAACUGGCCCGGCCCUCAUCGCCUUGGUUCUCCGGAGCCAGGUUCUGAUCCUGCUCAGAAGAGCUCGUCCCCCUGGUCCAGCCCCGACCUCAUUCCUCUCUGCAACGCUGGCCCUGGCCUGAUCCUCUUGGCCGAGCCGGACGAGGGAUUGGCAGAACCGGAUCGGCUCCCGUCCCCCGGGCUCAACUGGACCGGGUCCGACCCUGCCUGGAAGGGCUCGGCUCGAGGCUCGGAUCCUUGGCCCAGCUGCUCCUCGGCCUGCCCUGCUCAGCUGAGCUCGCUUUGGGCCUCCUCUCCCUCCGGUGACAUGGAGGACUCGGACUCGGCCGAGGCCGCCGCGAUGGCCGCCGCGGUGGCGGCCGCGAGGGUCGCCGCCAGCUCGGAGGAUGAGGCUCCGGAUUUGGACUCAGACUCGGACUCGGAGACGGACACGGACACGGACACAGACCCGGAUCGAGAGGCCCGUCGCAUGAGGGCGGUGGCUGUAAUAGAGACGGCGGAACCCGGGAGGCACAUGGAAGUGGGUGCCAGAGAACAGGCCUUGCCUGAACCCGCCGACCCCGAGGAGGAGGCCACCUUCGCAGGCAAGUGCUGGGCCGAGGUGACCACGGUGACCGUGGCCAACGUGGAAUCUUCUGCCGACAACGUCUUCACAACCUCCGUGGCCAGUGCGGCGUCGCUCUCUGGGCACGUGCUGUCCGGAAGAGCAGCCCUUCAGCUCGGGGACGGCUUGAGCGCAGAGAAGGCCACCCUCAUCGUGGUCCACACCGACGGCAGCAUCGUGGAGACGGCCGGCCUGAAGGCGCCCCCUGCGCCUCUCGCCCCAGGUCCUCAGGCUUCUCCGACACCCCUAGCUCCUGGCCAGGACAAAGGGGGAACCAAGUACAACUGGGACCCGUCAGCAUACGACAGUGAGCUUCCCGUGCGGUGCCGGAACCUCAGCGGAACUCUGCAUAAGAACCGUCUGGGCUCAGGUGGGCGCGGGCGCUGCAUUAAGCAGGGCGAGAACUGGUACAGCCCCACCGAGUUUGAAGCCAUGGCGGGAAGAGCCAGCAGUAAGGACUGGAAGAGAAGCAUUCGCUAUGCGGGGAGGCCGCUCCAGUGCCUCAUCCAGGACGGGAUCCUGAACCCUCACGCCGCGUCUUGUACCUGUGCCGCCUGCUGUGACGACAUGACUUUGAGCGGCCCGGUCAGAUUGUUCGUGCCUUACAAGAGGCGGAAGAAGGAGAACGAGAUGCCCACGACGCCCGUGAAGAAAGAGUCCUCCAAAAACAUCACCUUGCUGCCAGCCACAGCCGCCACGACCUUUACCGUGACUCCUGCUGGACAGCUCACUACCUCUGGCGCUCUGACCUUUGACCGAGCAUCCACCGUGGAGGCCACGGCCAUCAUAUCCGAGAGUCCAGCCCAGGGCGACGUCUUCACCGGAGCGGCUGUACAAGACAGCGGCGUGCAGGCGUCCUGCAGGGUCGGUCACCCGGAGCCUCAUUACCCCAGCUAUCAGGACAACUGCCCCAUCUCGCCAUUCCCAGAGGCCGCGUUGCCGACGUCUCAUCCCAAAAUAGUGCUGACAUCCUUGCCCGCGCUGGCAGUGCCACCUGCGACCCCGACCAAAGCCAUCUCGCCCGCCAUGCUCAACGGGCUCGACAUGACUGAACACCGGAGCUGGCUGUGCCUGGAAGAGAUGGUCAACUCUCUGCUUAGCACGGCCCAGCAGCUGAAGACUCUGUUUGAACAGGCCAAGCAGGCCAGCUCCUAUCGGGAGGCCGCAGCAGCACAAGCCAGAGGCCAGGCCGAGGCGGACAGAAAGGAGCAAUCUUGUGUCAACUGUGGCCGUGAAGCCAUGAACGAGUGCACCGGGUGCCACAAGGUCAACUACUGCUCCACUUUCUGCCAGCGGAAGGACUGGAAGGACCACCAGCACAUGUGCGGCCAGUCGGCCACAGUCACCGUUCAGGCCGACGAAGUGCAUGUCACUGAGAGCGUCAUCCAGAAGGUCACCGUGUGAAGGGGGCCUCCAGCCUGGUGCCACGUCGUUGACGAGCCAGGCGGCCGUGGGCAGCCCCCGGCAGGAUGCCCUUCUGACGAGGAAUCGGGAAGGAAGCCGCAGAGCAGGGCUGCCUCUGCAGGACGGCCUCUGGGUGCCACCUCUCCUCCCGCCUUCUUUCCUUGGUGCUUCUUUUGGGCACGUUUGGAGAUGGGCACAGCUGCCCGGAGGAGGGGGUCCUCGUCAGCCGAGAGAACAGCGGUCUGUAUCUCCAGAGUCCGGCCUGGGGAGGACUCUGGAGCCACCGCCUUUGCCAGGCAAAGGAGGAGGCGCCGGGCCCCGAGCUUGAUGGCCCCCGAGGGAACUCUUCUUCUCCUGCUCGCCAUGCAGGCACAGCCCCGGGCCGGGAGAGCGGCCUUCCGGAGUGGCCGCAUCCAAGGACACGCAGCUCAGGGCUCUGUAAAACUGACCGGAGAGCCGACUGACAGGUCCUGCCAGGCUAGAAAGGCUUCGAGGCCGUGUCCCCUCACCCUCCCGGGACACCGAGGCUCGUCCAACAGGCUGCCUGGCACCCCCAGCCUCGGCCAGGGCCCAGGGAUGCUCUGAGCAAGAUGUCUCUGGUUUUUAGAUGAUCCUUCAAUAAACAGCACCCAAACCACC